UUUACUAAGAUUAUGUUAUUGUAUUUCAUCCCAUAUCAUCUCAUCUCAUUUUAUUUUAUUUCAUCCCAGUUGAUUAAUCAUCAUUAUCCUGCCCUUCUCCCAGUCACCUGGGGUCGGCGCAACAUGUUUUCUCCUUCCAUACUCUUCUCUCAUAUACCAUUUCUUCGCUCACUCCUCUCUUACCCAUAUCGACUUUCACACAAUCCAUCCAUUUCUUCUUAGGUCUACCUCGUCCUCUAUAUCCUUCCACAUUCAUAGUUAACACUCUCAUACCAACCUCAUUUUCAUUUCGUCUCAUCACAUGUCCAUACCAUCCCAAACGCGCACUUCUCAGCUCUCUGUCACAGGUGCCACUUUCAGACUUUCUCUAAUAUAUUCAUUCCGUAUUCUAUCCAUUGUCGUUACUCCACACAUCCAUCGCAACAUUCGCAUCUCUGCUGCAUGCAAUCGCCUUUCCCAAAUGUCCCAAAUUAAUCAUUUUCAUUUCAUUUCAUUUCACUCCAUAUUAUCAUUUUUCAUACAAUUAAGAAAUACAUUAAAAAAAGAUGUGUGGUGGCGUGGGACACCGGAUAGGAAUGAAGUUCCUUAUUAUAAAAAUAUUAAUUUUAAAUUCUAUUGGAGGUAUAAAGAAAAGAAUUAUUCGGGUGUACAUUUUUAUUAUGAUUUUUUUAUAGGUAAAAAUAAAAAUAAUCGCAAGGGUCAACCACUCCGCAGUACAAUGGAGCAGCCUCGCCCUGGGGGAACCGCCUACAUGAUCACGGUACCAUCUACGCCAUUGAUCGCACCUCACCGUUAUUCACAACAAGAAGUCACCGUGGCCAACUAAAGGCCUUAAAGCUACAUAAGAGCUUACUACCUAGCUACUCGGAACCACGGCCGAUGCAACUCUUCAGAAACAUCUUCAUCUCUCCAUAAAGCGAUAAUAACGUAUAUGUAAACUUUCAAAUACAAGAAAACCCGGGCAAUGAGUAAAUAAUCAGUAAUCCUGUGUUUUUUUUUUGGCCACAGAAUAGUCAUUGAAAAAUAUAGCAAUAAUUUUAUUAUUAGGUGUUAGAAUCACUUAACAUUUUAACUCUGGGAAGAAAAGAUUAAAUUUGAUUUAAUAAUCAGACCGGACUUGUAGAUUCGGCGAACAAGGCACCCUGUUUUUUUGUGAAUACGUCACCCUAGCUAAGGUAAGGACAUAGACAUUUUAGGCGAUGGUUACCGGGUUACCGGGAUCAAGAUGCCUCGAAUUUCUUCUCAUCCUUUGGUAAAAUAUUUUCUAAAUUUAAAUUGCAGUGCCCUCUAUCAGAACAGUAUCAGCGUUUAUAUUGACAUAAGCAAAAAUGUUGUACUAUUUUAAUUUUUUAGAAGCUUAAAUUGUUUCACCACUUCAACUGCAACAAGUACAGCACUGUUUUGAUAGAUGGCGCUGUUAUAUAUUUUUUUUAAAAUGAAAAGGCAGUUUCUUGUACCAAAUAUUGUGUUAUAGAAAUUAAAUAAGUUUACAUUUAUUUACCCUAAAUAAACUAUGAAGAUGUCCAGUGAAGAUUUGCUUUUUUGUGAAGUAGAUUUUAAUUAAAUGUAUAUUUAUAUUUUCCUGUACUCAUACCUAUAAUCAAAUACCACAUUUUGAACAAAACCAGCCCUAAACAAUUAGAUUUAUCUGAGUAUUGUUACCGUAACUAUUAUGUAUCAAGACUAUUAUGUUAUCCCUAGUUCGAACUAGAGAGCACUAUCUAAAUUUAGUCUAGCCGCUAGUUAUUAUUAUUGGAGAUUGUAGGGCAGAUCUCGGACUAUUACAAAGAGUGCACGUAACAAUAUGUAGAACGAUUGAGUAUCCGUUAGAUUUUUUAUUAGCUAUAGAUUAUAAAAAAGCGCGUUCAAACAAUCUAUUAAGACAAAUAUGUGGAAUAUAGGUUGUAAGGAAUCUGAUUGUUCGUGGUCUAUAAUAAUUCUAAUAAGUCUUCAUUUAGUUAAUAUUACGUGCGGCGACAAAACUAUAGGUGAGUGACGAAUUUGAGUUUCUAUUGUACAUAUUAGAAGGGAUUUAAGAGAGAAAAAACGUCAUUAAAAACUAUGAAUUUGAAGGUGCGAUUUGCGAUGACGGAACUUUCUUAUACGAAGCAGCAAUUAAAGUUGCAGUCGCUUCAAUAACAGAAGAAGAGGAGAGUCCAUUGAUAGCAAAUGUAAUACGAACAUCUCCCGGCGAUUUAUUGGAAACGGAAGAUGCCGUUUGCUCGUUACUUGAGGUAUUUAACAACUUGAUAUUCGAAAUUGAAAUAAUUUAUUUCUACUGGACGUUUUAAAUACUGAUUGAAUAUCAAAAUGUACUCUACUACUGAAUCCAAAGAGCUUCUUCUUCUUUCCGAAGAAGAAGAAGAAGACACUAAUUAGCUACGAUAUCAUUUUCUUUAAUUGUAUUUACUUUUACAAAAUCAACUUUUUUACAAUUUUAGAAUGCAAAAAAAUGUAUAGAUCGGGUGUUAACGCCCCACGCCCACUUGUUUUGUCUGUUAGUAAGUAUUAUUUUAAUACAUGCCUUACGCACAGGAUCUUUUUUUUUUUUUUUCAAAAGAUGGUUUGAUCAUAACUGUAAGUUUUUUUCCUACCACCAGUGAUUACGCAAAUUAUAAUUUUGCGGGUUUGAUUUUCAUUACACGAUGUUAUUUCUUCGCUGUGUAAAUCAGUUGUGUACAUUAGUUAAGUACGUAUUUCAUUAGAAAAAUUGGUAGCCGCCUACGGGAUUCGAACACCGGUGCAUCGCUACAUACGAACGCACCGGACUUCUUAUCGCUUAGGCCACGACGACUUCAAAUAUUUGGUCACUAUUUGGUGGUAGCACCGGUAUAAUUCACAACAGCUUCCUACGAAAUGGCACCAGUUGUAUUGCGGCUAUGUACUGUAAGAAACUGAAUACAACGAUGGAGAAGCUUGCGAAUCUCCGGCUAGUCUUGUUUAAUCUUACAUCCCCGCUGCUUCUACGCUAUAAUACUCAACUUCAUACGGCACAAUGGGCUGUCUCUAAUCUAGAAGAGCUAGAGUUAGAAAAUUUGCGUCAUCCACCUUACUCACCGUACCUUACGUCGACAGACUUCUACUUAUUCCAAAGCCUAGACAAUUUUUUGACUGGGAAAAAAUUCAAUACCCGAGAGGCAGUACAAAAUGUUUGUUUGCAGUGGUUUGUGGGCAUUGUUCAUUGUUGGCAGUAUACCUCGACACCAAGAAUGCAUAUUUUGAUCGACAGAAUGAUUUUUUUUUAAAAAAAUGUUAUAAUUUUCUGUAUGCUAAAAGAUAAUUAAUAGGUAAAGGCUUAAUAUUAGAGACAUCCCAUGAUCUGUAAGCGGAGUAAAAUGUCCCUUCGGAACAAGGUGACACUUUACAAAGCUCGCAUAAGGUCCGUCAUGACUUACGCGAAUGUGGUGUUCCCUCACGCGGCCCGCACACACAUAGGCACCCUCCAAUCCAUAUAAUCCCGCUUUUGUAAGUUAGCCGUUGGGGUUCCGUGUGACGACCUGGGCCUCGAAUCAAUCCGGAAAUACAUGCAGUUAGCGUCGGAACGGUACUUCGAUAAGGCUAUGCGUCAUGAUAAUCGCCUUAUCGUUGCCGCCGCUGACUACUACCCGAAUCCUGAUCAUGCAGGAGCCAGUCACCGCCGACGCCCUAGACACGUCCAUACGGAUCCAUCAGAUCCAAUAACCUUUGCACUAGGCGCCUUCAGCUCUAACACUAGGAGCAGGCUUAGGGACCCCGGUAACCGUACUCGUCGAACUCGACAAAGAGUUCGCCGUGCAACCUCACCCAUGAAUCAGCUCGCUGAGUUUCUCGCCGGAUCUUCUCAGCGGGUCGCGAUUCCUAUCCGGUAGUAGAUUCAUUCGCGAAGCAGCUACUCUUGAGCUGUUAGGUCUCCUUCGGAGGCGCUCGGGUAACUGUUAGCAAAUCCCACCCCUCCUGGCUGAGCCUUUGCUCGCCCACCUGCCUGGUGAAGCUGGAAAGACCUUCGAGCUACCAGUAAUCUUUAAAUCAUAAAAAAAAAAUAUUAGAGACAUCAAUCAAUAUGAGUUUGGCAUGUAAUGCAUGUAUCAGAAUGUAUAAAAUAAAUUACUAGUAUUGUUUAAAAUAUCUUGAUUGUAAUUAUAGAAGAAUGUUUAUGGAAUAUUUGGGCCGACGAAAAAAGACUCGAUCCUCCAUGUUCAAUCGAUCACAGAUAAUCUAGAAAUACCUCAAGUUAUAAACCAAGCAAUGGAGACACAGAACCGUAAUUGGUCAGCAGUAAAUCUGUAUCCACAUCACAUCAGCUAUUCACAGCUUUUCACAGAUCUGAUAGAGAUGAAGGAUUGGAAAGAAUUUACUAUAAUUUAUGAGGGCAGCGAACUUUUACCAUUUUUGGAAAAUAUUUUCACUAUGCAGGACUUAAACAAAAGACAGAAGAUUUUGAUGAACGUCGUUCAAUUACCCGAUGGAGACGAUUUCAGGUCUCAGCUGAAAGCAAUAAAAAAAUCUGGAUCAGUUAAUUUCGUUUUAGAUUGCACUCUCGAAAAUUUAUCAACGUUUUUAGAACAAGCACAGCAAGUCGGCAUAAUGUCUGAUCAACACAGCUAUCUCAUAAUGAAUCCCGAUUUCCAAACAAUCGAUGUCGAUCCAUUUAAGCAUGGAGGUUCGAAUAUAACAGGUAUACGCUUCUUUGAUCCUAAUCUAGAUUCCAUUCAGAAGUUCAUUUCAGAUAUAAACGAGAAAGUAGUCGAAUUAUCCGAAGGUCAGUUAGAAAAAGCUGUUACAGAAAAUGGUUUGACUUUUGACUUGGCUUUAAUGUAUGAUGCCGUUACUAUUUAUGGGUCAGCAUUAAACGCACUAGGACUCGAAGAAGGUGCAAAUAUAACAUGUGAUCAAGACGACGGCUGGGAGUUUGGUUCUAGCAUCAUUAAUUAUAUACGAACUAUGGAAAUUGAUGGAAUGACGGGAAUAAUAAAAUUCGAUGACGAAGGUUUUCGUUCAUAUUUUGAAGUUGAUGUAUUAGAAAUUAUGCCACACGGUUUAGAAAAGGUUGGAUCGUGGAAUAUUGAAGAUGGUUUGAUACAGGACAGAAAUUUUAUAGCUCCAGCUGAACCAGAAAGUUCUGAGACGAUGAAAGGAAAGCAUUUCAUUAUUUUAACUGCUUUGAGUGCACCCUAUGGAAUGCUCAAGGAAUCAUCAAAAAGACUCGAAGGGAACGAACGAUACGAAGGAUUUGGUAUCGAAUUAAUAGAGGAACUAGCCAAAAUGAACGAAUUCAAUUAUACCUUCGAGCUACAAACUGACGGUGUUUAUGGAUCUUUCGAUACAACCACGAAACAGUGGAAUGGAAUGAUGAAGAAAAUAAUGGACGGUAUUGUAGACUUCGGCAUAACUGAUUUAACGAUAACUUCAACACGACAGAAAGCAGUCGACUUUACAAGUCCGUUUAUGACGUUAGGAAUAACAAUAUUAUACAAAAAACCCACCAAAGAACCACCAGAUUUGUUCUCAUUUAUUUCGCCGCUAUCACCAGGAGUUUGGAGCUGGCUAGCGGGAGCUUAUAUUGGAGUAUCAGUUCUGUUAUUCGCAUUGGGACGAAUGGCCCCCGAAGAGUGGCAGAAUCCGUACCCGUGUAUCGAAGAACCUGAGACCUUGGACAAUCAAUUCACAUUAGCCAAUUCCUUUUGGUUUACUCUAGGAAGUGUUCUCACACAAGGAUCUGAGAUAGCUCCAAUAGCCGUUUCAACUCGUAUGGCCGGUAGUAUGUGGUGGUUCUUCACUUUGAUUAUGGUGUCGUCCUAUACAGCCAACCUCGCCGCUUUCCUAACUAUAGAAUCAAAGUUUUAUGCUAUAAAAAGCGUGCAAGAUUUAGCCAACAAUCCCUACGGUAUAACAUAUGGAGCAAAAAAGAAUGGAGCAACAUUUAGCUUUUUCAUGGAAUCCGACAAUUUAUUGUAUCAGAAAAUGUACCAUUACAUGGACGAGCAUCCUGAAUAUCAAACUGCAACGAAUGACCAAGGACUUGAAAGAGUAAAAUCCGAAAAUGAAAAUUACGCUUUCCUCAUGGAGUCCACAUCAAUUGAGUAUAUGGUUGAAAGGAAUUGCGACGUUGCUCAAGUCGGCGGCCUAUUGGAUAACAAAGGAUACGGCAUUGCCAUGAAAAAAAACUCACCUUACCGACAACCGAUGAGUGAAUCUAUAUUACAGCUACAGGAAGAUGGUACUUUGACUAAAUUAAAAGAUAAGUGGUGGAAAGAAAAAAGAGGCGGUGGUGCUUGUGAGGAUGACGAUACCGCUGGCGGUGAAGCCCAACCGUUGGUGUUAGCAAACGUCGGUGGUGUUUUCAUAGUUCUAGUGGUCGGCUCAGCAAUGGCGGCUGUAUGUGCAUUUUUCGAGAUGUUAUUCGAUGUUUGGAUGAUUUGUCGGAGACAUAAAUUGCCGUUCCUAGAUGAAUUGAAAGCGGAGUUGAGAUUUAUUCUGAGUUUUAGUGGAGACACGAAGCCGGUACGUCACCGUGAAUUGUCAGGUAGUGGAUCACGAAGCACCAAAAACGACGAGGAAGAUAAGAAUUGUGAAUUGGAAUCUUUGGAUGAUGGAAAUAAAUUGGAUCCGGCACCAACGCCGAGAUCUGAAAGGUCCACGCAUUCACACCACACAAUACAUAGUAGAAGAACAAGCAAUGCAGUUCAAAUGGCUAAAAUGAGAAAAUAUAGUAUUAGAAGUGGCAUAUAAUAUAAUGUAGCAUGUUCAAUAAAUAAAUAAAUAUUUACGAACAAUCACGCUACGUUAACUGGUCCCGUGAUAAGUUCGUAAAGAACUUGUGUUACAGGUACCAGAUAACGGAUAUAAA